AUGCAAUUCAGCAUUCUACCACUGCUGUGUGUUCUCUUCAGCACAUGUCUAGCGCUGCACUUCGACAUCACGGCGUCUUCAAAUCCAGAGCCCGUCUGUGUUCGUGACUUCAUUAACGAAGGGCAAUUGGUGGUGGUGAGAAUUGAGACCGACGGAUCUGUGGGUGAUGGCCAGGUUCUGAACCUCGUUAUCCGCGACAGCAAUGGAAAUGAACCCCGUAGAAGCAAAGAUAUCGCUGGCACUACCAACGUUGCUUUCCACGCGGCCAGAUCUGGUGCUUUCGACAUAUGCUUCGAGAACCAUUUGCAGGUCCAUGGGCGCAGCCUGAAGAGAUCCGUGGAGUUGGAUGUCGAAACUGGGUCGCAAGCCCGUGACUGGAACAAAAUUCAAUCGAGCGAAAAGUUGAAGCCUGUCGAAGUUGAAUUGCGCAGGAUCGAAGAAUUGACGGACGAAAUUGUGGACGAACUUGGAUACCUGAAGGCAAGAGAGGAGCGCCUCAGAGAUACCAACGAGUCGACCAACAGAAGAGUCAGGAACUUCUCCUUGAUGGUUAUUUGUGUGUUGGUGAGUCUCGGAGCUUGGCAGAUCAAUUAUCUGCACAACUACUUCAAGGCAAAGCAUAUCAUUUAA